CGCAAAAAGUGGGUUUAUAUUCGAUCCGGACAUUGUCACACAACUGACAUGAGUUCUGCAGUGGGCAUACAUGGUGUUCAGCCACAGAUCGAUGUGGCAACAUGGAAAAAGAUUUUGCCAAUAAAUUUUCCCUGGGCGGUGAUGUGUUGAGUCAGGCAAUAUAAGAACGGGAAAUUCAAUAACCAGCGUGAAAACUUUUUCUCUGCCACCCUUUCAUUCACUAUGGCUCAAGAAGAUGAGCCAAACGUAGAGGAUAAGAUACAGCCUCCCAUGGACGGAGGAGAAGGAAAGGUGGAGCGUAUCGUCACUACCUCGAGUGAUAAUCAGGUAUAUUCCAUCCACUCCAAAACAAAGAAGCGGUUGCUUUGUUGCCUUGCCGCCUCUGCCGGCUUUCUCUCCCCCUUCACUGCCAACAUUUAUUUUCCUGCCCUCAACAACAUCCAAAAGGACUUGGGUGUCUCCGCUGAGCUGGUCAAUUUAACGAUCACUAUAUUCAUGAUUUUCCAAGGCGCUUCACCUUCUUUCUGGGGUACCAUUGCCGACAGUUGGGGUCGUCGUCCAGUGUAUUUAGCAACAUUGUUGAUCUAUAUCGGAGGCUGCAUUGGUGUUGCAUUAACGCCCAAUUACGGCGGUCUAAUAGCCCUCAGAAUGGUACAGGCUUUUGGCUCCAGUUCGGUCGUCGCCAUUGGUGCAGGAACCAUCGGUGAUAUUUGUACACCAAGCGAAAGAGCCGGAUACAUGGGAAUUUUUUCAGCCACUGCGAUGUUGGGACCUGUCAUAGGUCCCGUUGUUGGUGGUGUCGUUUCUCAACAAUUAGGUUGGCGCUGGAUUUUUUGGGUGCUGGCCAUCCUCGGAGCCGUCAUGUGGUUGCUAUUGUUCUUCUUUUUGUCCGAGACGUUGCGUUCCUUGGUUGGCAACGGUUCAGGAUAUGCCAAUCCGACACCGACGGAAUGGCUGCAACGACGGGCGACACCCAAAUCCGAGCGAGUCAAGUCAGCUCCUAUGACGCGAUUCCUGACCCUACCCAACCCAUUCAUUCCGUUCAUGUAUAUUUUGGAAAAAGAUGUUUUCUGCCUCUUGCUCUACAACUCCCUGCAGUAUUUUGGUUUCUACGCCGUCCUGACCAGUAUGACCAGCUUAUUUUCCGUCAUCUAUGGCUUGAAUGACAUGCAGAUCGGAUUGUGCUACAUCGCUAAUGGAUUUGGUUGUGUCUGUGGCUCUCUAACCACUGGAAGGUUGUUGAAUUGGGAGUUUCAGCGGGUGGUCAAGAAAUUGAACAUUGAUCCCAAGCGAGCUCGCAGAGGACGUCUCGAUCCAAGUUUCCCAAUUGAGCGAACAAGAAUGCAUUAUACGUGGAUUUGGGGAUUGAUUUACAAUGUUUUUUUGAUUGUUUAUGGAUGGGCACUUCAAUACCAUGCGCCAUUGGCAGUGGUUUUAGUGUUCCAAGUUGUUCUUGGGUAUUGCUCUACCGCAACAUUCAGUGCCACAUCCACACUGCUUGUCGACUUGUUUCCAAAGAAUUCAGCAGCUAUUGUGGCUUCCAACAACCUUGCUAGAUGCUGGCUUGGCGCCAUCGCAGUUGUAGGCAUUGCGCCGGGUAUUGAACGUCUAGGCGUAGGCUGGAUGUUGACGCUCAUUUCGUUGAUUCUUUUCGUCUCUCGCUUACUGAUGAUGGUGGAGCUGAAAUAUGGCCCUACUUGGCGUGAGCAGAGAGCAGAGCGGACAGCGACGAAGGAGAAGAAGAAGGCUGAUAAAAAAGAAGCCAAGCUACAAGCCAAACUUGCCGACCAGGAGAAACAGCAGCCACCAGGCACUCUUGAGCAAUUAUCAUCGCCUGCAUCAUAGAGUAGACUCUCUGUCGAGAACCAGGUCGUUUACCACUAUUCUUCUCAUCUUACAUACCCUACGUUUACCGCAUCCUCCUCGCGGCUUAUACCUCGAGAUAUAAUACAAGAUGUACAGUAUGAAAU